AUGCACAUGCAACAGCAUAGCAAAGAUAUUUUUACAUUACAAGAAGCUGUUAGAUUAAAGGUUUUGCUUCAAAAGCAUAAUAAAUCUGAAAAGAAUAAAGAUGAAAUUAAUGGAUUGUGCAAGAAAAUAUUGCUUUUUGAUCAUUUGGUUGGCACUUAAUUCUACGAAUAAGUUAUAUCUAAACUAGAAUGUAAAGAGUUGAAAGCUAACUAUAAAUUCUUUUAAAAUAUAAAAGACAAAGAUUACAUAUAUAUUGUACUGCUUGGCUAAGUAGACGUAAUUUUAGAACUAUAAGACAAACUUACUAAUUAAAAGGAAGAAAGGUUAAUGAAUUCAUUUGGCCUAGGUGAAUUCUUUUGGUGGGAUGAAGAUUAGUAUACUGAUCACAGAGGACAAGUUGUAGUUAAGUGUUUGGAUGAUGCGGAAAUAAUUUAAAUAAACAAAUCUUUAUUUGAUUCAUACUCUUAAAAAUUAGAAAAAUAAGGUAAUUAGUGUAUAAUUGACUUUAUGAAGUAGGUCAAAGUCUUUGAAAAUUUUAGCUAAGAUGUCCUAAAUGAGAUAGUAAGCAAAUCUACUCUUAAGUAAUUUUAAGUAAAUACUCUUAUCCUAAGAGAGGAGGACCUUCCUGGUUAUGUAUAUAUAAUACUAAAGGGGUAGUGUACUUGCUUGAAGAGAGUAGCUAUGAGGAGAUUUGACUAUCCUCAUUUGGAAGAUUUAGAAGAACUUGUUAAAUCACCAUCAAAGCAGGAAAUGCAAAAUGGUGAAUUCGAUUAUAAAUUAUUUGAAACAAAUUUCAUAAAACCUGGAGAAUUUUUUGGGAGCAAUGAAAUAAUUAAUUAAUAAGAAAUUGAAUAUUCUAUUCUAACAACUGAGCCAACUGAUAUAUUGAUGAUACCUCGCCUGGAAUUUUUGGGCUUCUAAUAAAAAAUUUUAUACCCAUUUUAGAAAGAGGCAUAAAAAGUUAAAGAAGAGCUAGAACUAAUAGAAAUUAAGGGAAUGACAAAAAAGGAAUAAAAAGAACGUUAAUUUUAAGAAAUUAGAUUACAGUAUUACAUGAAGAAUAAUUGGGAAACAUUCAAAAAAAAUACAAUACAAAAUACUAAGCAUGAAUAAAAAUAUAACAAAAAUUAAUUUGAUAACUUGCUGAGAUAGAAGUUCAACUUUAACAGAAAGAAGGAUUACUUUAUUCCUGAUGAACAGGCUCAUAAAAAAAUAUAAAUGACAGUUAAUCUACCACCAAUUAAUAAUAACAAUAAAAAAGUUUUUCGUCCUAAUAUAUUUACCACAGAAUCCGUAAUAGACAGCAAAUUCUGA